AUGAUGGAUGACUCAUAUUUAGACGUGACUGCCGACUAUGUCGAUGAUUGUAAAAUAACACAAAUGCAAUAUCAUUCGUUUACACCAUAUUCAAACACGUCUUUUUCAUACAACGAUGAAAUUAGAAUAAAUAUCCAGAAUAUGGAUUCUUACACUUUACCGUGUCAGAGUUUUUUUUACAUUGAAGGGAAUGAACAAAAACCUUCCGAUGCUGUUGGAGACGUACGUUUUUCAAAUAAUGGAUUGGCAUUUUUAUUCUCCGAGAUGCGAUAUGAAAUAAACGGAAUAGAAAUACAAAAAUUGAAAACACCCGGAGUGUCGUCUUGCUUGAAAGCAUACUGUUCAUAUACACCAAAUGACUUGAAUACAUUAGACAACUGUGCUUGGGAUUCGGAAAUGGACGGUGAAGAUAAUAAAAAUUUUAUGACCGACAAUGUAUUUACCGGAUGCAUCCCUCUAAAACAUUUAUUCGGAUUUUGUGAAGAUUAUAAAAAAAUAUUACUUAAUUGCAAUCAACAACUGAUUUUAAAUCGCUCGUCUACUGAUUUGGAUGCAAUACGUGUUGUGGGUGCUGGAGCUACUGAACACGUUGAGCAAAAUAAAAAAAUUACUAUUGAACUGACUAAGGUGGCGUGGAAGAUGCCUAUAAUCAAAGUCACCGAUAAAGAAAAAUUAAAACUGCUGAAAGUAUUGGAUUCGCGCAAAACCUUGUCAUGUGCGUUCAGAACCUGGGAUCUAUGUGAUUAUCCGGUACUCCUUAGAAAUACUUCACAUUCGUGGACGAUAAAGUGUAGCAGCUUGCUUGAAAAACCUAGAUUUAUUUUGUUUGGAUUACAAAGAGAUCGAAAAAAAAUAUAG